CUUUCAGUUGCCUCCGUAGUCCUGAACACUCUCGGCGGGAGCAUCGACGACCAUAUAUCUCCGAGAGAACUUGAACGAAAUAUUCAAGCCACGACCUUGGAAUGCUGGAAUUAACGUUGGGGCAGUCUUUACUAAUUUGUUGGAGUAUAUGGCAGUUUCAGUAUCUAGAAAGCUUUUACGUUCCUUUUAUGGGUCCCUAUAUGCACUUGGCCGCUGUGAUUCUUCAACUAUCACAUGUCGAUCAUUUUGUACUUAUCAUGAUUCGUGAGGCUAUCCUCAUGGGCAGAACAUAUUUUAUUCAGGAUCCUCCUGUCUUUCAGAGGUUCAUGCUUAUUACAUUUUAUUUGCUCACCCUGUUGUUUUUAAAAGCUGCUACUGAUAGAAUGUACACGGGUGGAUCACCUAUCCUUGCGAAUAGAUGGCUUUCAACUUCCAUUCUGACUUCUGAAUUGGGUGAAGGAGCAUUUCCCUCUAAUUUAUUGUCUAAGAAGCCUGUGGCAAUGGCAGAGCGUACUAUAGGACUUUAUCAGGACCUGGUCAUUCCAGUAACAAAUUUUCUUAAUGAAGAUAAGGGCUUCAUGGUUUAGGCUGGCGAUGUUUUCAAUGUGCCUAUUAGGAAGGAUAUUGUUCAUCGUGUGGUGCGAUGGCAGCUUGCAAAACAGCAACAUAUGGUUAUUGAUCAUCAUUUUUUAGUUUUGGUGUCAUGGAGUUAUAAUGGCACUAAUGGUAUUAUUGUUUUUUAUCACUAAAUAAGAAUUUUAUUGAAAAUAAUUGAAGCCAAAUACACGGGACAUAUACAAGAGCCACACAUUGACAUGAUUGUCAAAAGAUACUAGAAAAUCAUGUACGUUCAUGCCAUUAAAGUCUAUUACAAUCGACCAAUGAAAUAAAGUGUGAAGAAAACAAAUUCUAAGCUCAUUAGUUGUCCUUGAAUGAUCUUUAAAACUCCGACCGUUCCUCUUCAUCCAUUUGCGCCACCAUAAUAGGCAAGUCGGUAUCAUAUUUCACAUAGUUGCAAUUUAAGAGUUACCCUAGAUGCCUUUCCAGCUAGCUAGAAAGUCAACAAACCUUCUUGGCAUUACCCAAAAGAGUCCUACUCUUGCAAAGAUAUUAUUCCAUAAGCUCCUGCAUACAUCACAAUGGAAUAAUAGUUGAUCCACAGACUCACUAAUUUUCUUACACAUGUAACACCAAUCCAUAUAAUGGGUCGGUGUUUCCUUAGAUUAUCUAAGGUGAGAAUCUUCCCUAACAAAGUUGUCCAUAAAAAAAAAAAAAGCUUUUUGGUUUUUUUUUUGAG